AUUUACUUAAAAAUAUCCACUUAAAACGUAACAAUAUUAAAAGCCGAAUUGUAGUAAACGGAUCAUUCACUUAACUCAAGAAUUUCCAAUUAUUUGAUUGGGAAAGAAACACACACCACUCAGAUUUGACAGCAGCAACGACCCAUGUACUUCAACAAGUUGCUGCGUGUGCUGUAAAUGUCAAACAAUAAUUCAGCUGUCGCGAGUUUUGUUUGAUUGAUUUGGCGAAAACAACAAAAAAGGAAAUGACAGAGUUUGUGCAAGGGACCUGUGAGGAUAUGUGUCCGCAGCAUGAAAUAAAAUUGCGGACAAAAGAACAUUUACUACAUUUCUUCGAGCGGAAACAAGGUGAAAAAAAUGUACCAGGUAUAGUGGUAAAAUCAUUCUCUCGUUCAGCGGCUGGUAUCAAAACGCCUCGUAAAUCUGACCUCAGAACGCCAAGAGCGUUGCAAAAGACUGUUGAGUAUCUGUUAAAAGAUAUUCUUAUGGAUAAGCGGAAACCUUUAUGUUUCGUCUACGACUUUAUAUUCGACAGACUGAGAUGUGUUCGUCAAGAAAUUGUUAUGCAGAAUCUCGACACGCUGACCACAAUAAGUUUAUUGGAGCCGACAAUUAUGUUUUUAGCAUAUUGUCGUUAUAGAUUAUGCACAGAAGCAGUAGACAAUUUCGAUCCUGCCAUUUGCAAUCAACACCUUCAAGAAUGCUUGAAGAAGACUCUAUGUUGCUACGAUGAGUUAAGUUUACAAGACGAGCGCCCGUUUACAAUAUUGAUGACGAAAAGACGAAGUUUUAUCGAGUCCUUGUAUCAGCUGUUUAAUCUAGGGUCAUAUGAGGCGCUGCAGAGGAGUUUGAAAGUACCUAUGAAUUUCAGGGAUCCAAUAUUCUGUACAGCGCAACAAAUGUCGCUUGAAAUGUAUAGAAGGAACUACUACAAAGUGAUGAAGUUAAUGGAGGGGUUGCCUCAUAUUCUAGCUGCUAUUGCUUCAUUGAAGUUACCUGUUUUAAGAAGAGAACUAUAUCAAGUUUUUUCAGUAGCAUAUAAUAGCAAAAAUUUAACUGUGCCAAUCAAAUGGCUGCAAACAGGAUUUCUCUACUCAGAUCGGGGUAGUGUUGUGAAUGACUGCAAAUAUUAUGGAGUGGAAGCGCAAUCGGAUGGCGAAUCAGUUAAAUUUUCGAAAGCGGCUUUUCUCUGUGAUAGGAAUCCAAUCAACGCCGUCCACGAAGGUUUUGUCGAAGAAAAAUUGCAGAAAUUAUAUCUACCUGAAGUUUUGUUAUUGAAGAAAUUUUAGUCUUUUUGUUAAUGACGGUUUUCAUCAGAAAAUAAAAAGCUUUUAAGAUUACACAUUGAAAGC